GUAAACAGGCAACACUAACGACGGUUUGCCAUUUUUUCCGUGCGACAAAAAGAAAGCCUUCCAGGGUAUGCAAAAGCCCCGUAAAAGGCCUGCAUUUUAGUAUUGAAAGUGAUUUUAGGGUGUUUUAGUGAAAUUUAGGUAAAUAUAUAUUGUCACAAUGGCACUCAACCCUCAAUACGACGCAAUUGGAAAGGGAUUUGUACAACAAUAUUACACACUUUUCGACGAUCCGGCACAGCGACCAAACCUAGUGAAUAUGUAUAACGUUGAAACAUCGUUUAUGACAUUUGAAGGUGUUCAAUUGCAAGGUGCAGUGAAAAUAAUGGAAAAGUUAAAUAGUCUAGCAUUUCAAAAAAUUGGCAGAAUUAUAACCGCUGUUGACUCUCAGCCCAUGUUUGAUGGUGGUGUACUAAUAAAUGUUCUUGGACAGCUCCAGUGUGACGACGACCCCCCACACCCGUACAUGCAAACAUUCGUUUUGAAGCCACUCGGAGACUCCUUCUUUGUACAACACGACCUGUUUCGCUUAGGCAUUCACGACGUUGCCGCCUAAUAAGUUAAACAUCACAAGAUAUUGAUCAAGUAAAACUAUUUGUACUAAUAUUGUCACUACGCUAUUUCGAACAGCUAUUGUUUUGGUUAACUAGGUAUAAGUAACGAUCAAUUGCCUAUUUGUGAAAAAAAAUUCAAAUUGUACAUUAUCAUAUGAAUAUUUGGCAUGCAUUUCUGCUUAGAUGUAUGAGAUGGCUUUAGUGAAAGUACGGCGGACUC